CUGGGGAGGCCAUGACACCCUGCGCUCAAGAAGGUCUGAGGGGAGUGGUAGUCCUCCCAAUGCGCUGCUUCGGGCAAGGGCAGAUACAGGUGGAGGAAAGAAGCUGCCCCAGGCAUAGCCGCAGGCUGGAGACAUGCUGCUGCUUAAGAAGCAGACGGAGGACAUCAGCCGCAUCUAUGAGAUCCGGGAGAAGCUGGGCUCGGGCGCCUUCUCCGAGGUGGUCCUGGCCCAGGAGCGGGGCUCUGCACACCUCGUGGCCCUCAAGUGCAUCCCCAAGAAGGCGCUGCGGGGCAAGGAGGCGCUGGUGGAGAAUGAGAUCGCAGUGCUCCGCAGGGUCAGCCAUCCCAACAUCGUGGCCCUGGAGGAUGUCCACGAGAGCCCCUCCCACUUGUACCUGGCCAUGGAGCUGGUGACAGGUGGCGAGCUGUUCGACCGCAUCAUGGAGCGGGGCUCCUACACUGAGAAGGAUGCCAGCCACCUGGUGGGGCAGGUGCUCGGCGCUGUCUCCUAUCUGCACAGCCUGGGCAUCGUGCACCGAGACCUCAAGCCUGAAAACCUCCUCUAUGCGACCCCUUUCGAGGACUCCAAGAUCAUGGUUUCUGACUUUGGACUCUCUAAGAUCCAGGCUGGCAACAUGCUGGGCACGGCCUGUGGGACCCCAGGAUACGUGGCUCCAGAGCUCUUGGAGCAGAAACCCUACGGGAAGGCUGUGGAUGUGUGGGCCCUGGGUGUCAUCUCCUACAUCCUGCUAUGUGGGUAUCCCCCUUUCUACGAUGAGAGCGACCCCGAACUCUUCAGCCAGAUCCUGAGGGCCAGCUACGAGUUCGACUCUCCCUUCUGGGAUGACAUCUCUGAAUCAGCCAAAGACUUCAUCCGGCACCUUCUGGAGAGAGACCCCCAGAAGAGGUUCACGUGCCAGCAGGCCUUGCAGCACCUGUGGAUCUCUGGGGACGCGGCCUUGGACAAAGACAUCCUGGGCUCCGUCAGCGAGCAGAUCCAGAGGAACUUUGCCCGGACCCACUGGAAGCGAGCAUUCAAUGCUACCUCGUUCCUGCGCCACAUCCGUAAGCUGGGGCAGAACCCAGACAGUGAGGAGGCUGCACGGCCAGGCAUGAGCAGUCACAGCCACCCUGGCCCGCAGGCUGGCCAGCCCCCCAAGUGGUGAUGUCCAGGCAGAUGUCGAGACCGAGAUGACUGAGCCCCGCUCCUCCCACCUCAUCCCUGGGGUCGCCUCUGCUGCAGAGUUGGAGAAGUGUGGCUGCAGUGCAUGGCGCAGGCACAGGGGUGGGGCCCCCCAGCCUCACUCAGGGCCAGGGGCUGCCCCCUGUGCUCAUUGCCCCCUCUAGACGCCAAGGAGCGUUGGCAGGCAGGCUCCAGAGGCCACCCCUCCCGCGCGCGCACACACACACACACACACACACACACACACCCCUGCAGCCGUCCUGUGCUUCGCUGACUGUGGGUGGGCUUGCUUGUGUCGUGCUCCUCUGCUUUUCCCCAACAAUAAAGACAGA